AUUUUAGUGUGAACACAUUUAUUAUAAUGCUUAUACACGUGACAUGUGUCCAGUUUAGUGUGAAUGCAUUUAUUACAAUGUUUUUCCUUUAAUAUAUAAGGGAUGGUUACGACCAACCAUAAAUGAUCUCUAGAGACUCUCUCUAGCCCACUCCGGUAACGGAUGAUCCGGCAUCUUUUUUUCAAACUUCUGGCCGUAACGGUCAGCUCUUUUCAAAAUCAAAGCCGUAACGUCCGCUCAUACGCUCGAUCUACAACACCAUCGAACAAAUAUGUUCGCCAUAUCUCAACAUAUAUCUCUGAAUAUCAUCUCAAAUCAAGGAGAUCGAGAGGAUUUGAUGCUGUUCGAACAACCCUCAAGAAAAAAUCGGAACCUCUUGACUUAAUCUCCGUUAUGGAAAGUCUCUUGAAUCAGAAUCCUCCGGCAACCAAUACCAAACAAACUAUUAUCCGUUUAGAAACUAUAAUAUGAAACCAUUGGUUCGACAAUACGAGUAUCUUAGAUUCAUAACAUGAAAACAAACAAAUAAUAGUAAUUUUUGAUUAUCACAGAAAAAAAAACAAAAACAUCAAACAUUUUAACCGAACAAACCAAAUAAAUAUUGAUUUAAAAUGAUGGUUAUAUUUUAGGAGAUUAAAAACCAAAAAAUAACCUAAAACAGAACUGAUAACCAGAUGAAACAGAUUAAUGUCUCCUUAUUAAAAAAUAACGAAACUAAUAAUCACAUUCCGCGCAAGGCGCGGGUUAUUACCUGGUUUGGGUAUUAUUUUAGUAUCCGUAUGGUUUAGCUAAUAAUAUUUCAGAUUCAUAAAAUACUUUGUAAUUCAUGUCAAAACUCAUUUUGUAAUUAUACUUUUUUCUGAUUAGGGUUAUUUAUGUUUGUGUUCAGAUAUUUUUUAAAUAUCAUAUGAAAAUAAUCAUAAGACUAAGUAUUUUAUCCAACUAUUUAAGUUUCAUAAACUUAUAUUUAGAUAUUGUAUCAAAAUACUUAUUGUGAAUGCUACUAAUUAAAAUCUUUGGUCAGGUUUUAAGAGCUUUUUUGAUAUUUUCUGGUUUAUUUAUGUUACUGUUAUUAAUAAAAAAAAUAAACAUUUUCCGGGGAGAGAAUAUAAAAAGCUCCAGUAGUCACGCGCUGUGUUUAUUUGGAUUAGCAGCAGAUUCGAACUCGAGUCUCUUAAAGAGUCACGGAACACCUUGUGUCACCCGAUCACAGUUAACUGUUAUGGUUCGAAUAAUUCAUAUUUUAUACCGCCUACAUGAUCUGUUCGACUAUUUUUCCACUUAAAAUCAGAUACAAAUAUGGGUUUUUUUUUCCGAGUUCAGUUCCAAUCUCGGAUUCCAGUUUUUUUUUUUGCCCAGCCUUAGCCCUCAGCAUUGAGAUCAAUUAAACACCAAAAGCACGUUGAGAAUGAGAAAGCAAUCCACAUUAAAACAUCAGGUAGCUUCUUCAGAGGUCUCAAUGAUAGAUUAGUGAGAAAGACCACAUGUGUAUUCACUGAUAAAAGACAAGUGGCAGUCAACAAAUCUGUAUUCAUAAUCCUAAUUCCUAAAUUAAAAAACGUGUUUUAAACAUAUAGGAUGAAACCUGUAAGUAAUAUUAUCUUUUUCUUUAUUACAGAUCUAAAGACUAAUAAUACGUUUUCUUCUAAAUCUGAAGUUUAAUUAUAUUUUUUUUCUGAAUCUCACACGUUUGAUACGUUUCAUUUUCUUUUUUUAUUAACUCUCAUUCUAUUAUUGGAACUAGAAACAACCUAUAUAUAAAGAGAAACCAUUUAGACCAAUGAGAUAUUCUUACACCAUAAAAAGAAGAAGAAAACUUGUAGCAUAACUUUUUUUUCUUUUCCUCAUGAAGACUUCUCAACGUCAGUUAUCUUCAUCUUUCACUAAACUCUGCGAGAGACUGUCCUCAUUCAGGAAUGGUGAGGACAAUAUAAGAGACUUAGAAGCUGUCUUUGCUUACAUGGAUGCAAACAGAGACGGUAGAAUCUCUGCAGAAGAGCUUAAGAAGAGUUUCAACACAUUGGGAGAUCAACUUUCUGAUGAAGAAGCUGAAGCCACGGUUAAACUCUCUGAUAUAGACGGAGAUGGGAUGUUAGAUUUUGAGGAGUUUGCUCAGUUAAUCAAAGGGAAUGAUGAGUUUACAGAGGAAGAGCAGAAGAGGAAGAUGAUGGAAGCGUUUAGAAUGUAUAUUGAUGAAGGUGAAGAUUGUAUUACUCCGAGAAGCUUGAAGACUAUGCUGAUGAAGCUUGGUGAGUUAAGAACGAGUGAUGAUUGUGUAGUGAUGAUCAAAGCUUUUGAUCUUAAUGAUGAUGGAGUUUUAAGCUUUGAUGAGUUUGCUCUUAUGAUGAUGCGUUAAAGAAUCAGCCCAUACAUUGUUGUUGUGGCUUUACUUGUUGUUAAGUCUUUAUCUGCUUUUCUUGUUUAUUUGCUGGCUGUAAUUUGCUGUAAAUAUGGACUUUGCAAGCAAUAAACACAUCACUCUAAUUGUAAUUUUCAAGUGUGUCUCUAGGCAUGGAAGUUCAGGUCAGGUUUUUUAGUUCAGCUUCCUAUGCUCCAUUCAGGUAUUAUUCUAGUAAUACUUCGGAUUCAUAUAUAAUUUGUAACUCAUGUCAAAACUCAUUUUGUAAUUAUACUUAUUUAUGA